AUGAGUGACGACGAAAAUCAAGCUGGCGGUCCUUCGCGCAAGCGGUGUGGUUCCGCGCUUCAUUUGGCUCCCCGUAAAAAGGCAGGACAACCACUCAUACUGCCCCUCUCCCGGAAUAUCAAGUCAGACCGUGAAUUUAACCAUGAUGUCACCGGUAGGUUGCUCUGUCCCGCAGGCCUUGACUGGUCGCACGCAGAAACCAAGCAGAGCCUGAAGAGUGGCAAAACCGCAGUUCAUGGGGAUCAAUGGCCUAUGUUCUUAUACACCGGGUAUCACUAUGAUCCUGAUGAGCCAUGGAAGGGCUUGCUAAGGAGCGAGAUACUAAUUUUCAUUCGAUUUUCUUUGACUUCGUCAUCUGCAUUCUCGCGUACCGACAUGAUUAUGGACUCAGAAAACUUUUACCAUAGCAUUCUUGACUUACUAGAGGACCCUGAUGAGAAUGAGGAAGUUGCUGACCUGAUGACGUGGUGGACGCGUCGGGUGUUUCCUAAUUCUUCUUCUUCGCAGCGCUGUAUCAGCAAAAACAGCGCGCUGUCCGAGAUUCGGGAAAAAUGCGCUGCGUUGCGACAACUAGCGACUGCUGACACUAAUUAA